AUGAGCGAACUGUCUCGGAAUCAAGAGGAUACUACAGGUGUAUUUCCAGCACCUUAUUCACCCCAGGUUUCCUCCUCGAUGUUAUCUCCAGGUGAACUUACUGUGCCUCAAAGACAGCCAAGGCAUAAGGUAGCUCUUAAACUGGGUCAUUCACCGCUUGAUUGGGCUAUACUUAAUAAGAAUGUUCCCCCAGGUAAACUCAGAGGUCUUCCUAUCGAUGCACCGCCUCCCCAAUAUGUUAAGAUCACGAUAGAAGAAUUAAAAUCUCAUAAGACAAGACACGAUUGCUGGACAUGCAUAAAUGGAAAAGUCUACAAUAUUACACCAUACAUUGAUUUUCAUCCUGGUGGGCCAGAUGAGAUCUUAAAAUGUGCCGGGAAGGAUGGAACUUCUCUAUUCAACAAAUACCAUCGAUGGGUGAACGCGGAUAGAAUGUUAGAGAAUUGCACUGUUGGUGUGUUGAGCAAGAGAUAA